AUGACGACCGACCAUGAGGUUGUAUGGGGCCAGCGAUGGCGUUCCUCGCCGGGUUUCAUCGUCGCUACCAUGUCAAUGGCCUUGUUCACUGACGUCUUCCUGUACACCUUCCUCGUCCCUAUCCUACCAUACGUCCUCGAGAACCGCCUUGGAAUCGAUCCCUCUUUGACCCAGCGUCUCAGCUUCGCCUUGCUGGCCGAAAGUUCCGUCAUCGCCCUGGUCUGUAGCCCUUUCAUCGGGAACUACGCGGAUACCCUUCCUUCGAAGAAAGCCGUCCUUCUAGCUUCCCUUGGAGUUGUGCUACUCGGAUCAAUCGUUCUGGCGGCCGCAACUUCGGCGGCGGUGCUGUUCAUAGGUCGUCUGAUCCAGGCUAUUGCCAGUUCUUUCAUCUGGGUCGUCGGAUAUGCGACCAUCGCCGAUAAUGUUCAGCCGGAGAACCUGGGGAAGACGUAUGGGUUUGUCUCGGUGGUUGUGGGAGCCGGGACUUCGGGCGGCCCGAUUAUCGCGGGCAUGUUGUUCGAAUUGGGUGGAUAUUGGUUAGCCUGGUCGAGUGCCUUUGUCAUUAUAUUCUUUGAUAUCGUCUUCCGGUCGUUGAUGCUUGAGAGACCGAGAUCACACACAGACCACGAGGACUCCGAAAAUGACCCCCUACUGUCAGACACGCGCGGUGACAGCGCCGUGGAGGAAAGGGCAGGCCUCCAGUUCUACCUGUACAUGUUCCGACAUCGCAAAUUUGUCUGUGGAGCACUGAGCUAUCUGACCUUUGCGAUUUUGACUACGAGCUUUGACACGACGCUGCCUCUACACGUCCGUGAUGUUUUCGGCUGGAAAAGCAUGCUCGCUGGAUUAAUGUUCUUCGCGUUUCAGGGGCCCAGCAUUGUGCUCAGUCCUCUCUGUGGCUGGCUGAAGGAUCGCGUCGGGACUCGCUGGCCAACCACUGCCGGUUUCAUUGGCGUGGCUCCUGUGAUAUGGCUUUUGGGGACGCCUGGCGACGAUCGGUUCCCUUGGCUAAACGGGGGCAAUCGAGGUCAAGUAAUCUACACCAUUGCAAUGACCGGAGCUGGCAUUCUAACAUGUUUGCUGAAUGGCGCGGGGACUAUCGAAGCCACAGUGACGGUCGAUGAGAUCGAGGCCAAACAUCCGGGAAUCUUUGGUCCCCAUGGAGGGUAUUCCCGGGCCCUGUCGAUUGCCAGUAUGAGCUGGACCCUGGGCUCCUUUGUCGGACCAAUCCUCUCCGGCUGGCUUGCAGAGCGAUUCGGCUAUUAUGAGAUGAAUUGCGCGCUCGCUGUUUUAUGUUUGCUCUCCGGCAUCAACACUUUCAUUAAUCUAGAUUCUACAGUACAAAAGGACCGCGAGAAUAGGAUUGGUCAACAAGAUCCCUGA